GAUCACCAGCCUUUUGCAAAUGCUCAUGAUGUGCUGGCUCGUUCUCGGAGCCGUGCCAAUGUAUUGAACAAAGUGGAGUACGCGCAGCAGCGUUGGAAGUUACAGGUCCAAGAGCAACGCAAAUCUGUCUUCGACCGUCAUGUUGUGCUGAGUUAA